GGGACUGCGGCCGCAGGUUCCGCUGUCUCGGGAACCUUCGUAUCCCUCGGUCCGGCGGCGGCGGCGGCGGUAGCGGAGGAGACGGUUUCAGGCCUCCGGUGCGGCUGCAAUGCUGAGCUCCCGGGCCGAGGCGGCGAUGACCGCGGCCGACAGGGCCAUCCAGCGCUUCCUGCGGACCGGGGCGGCCGUCAGAUGAGGAAACUGAGGCUUAGAAGGUGAAGUGAUGCCAAAUGAAAUAGCAAAGCCAGGAUUGAACCAGAAUAAGAUAUAAAGUCAUGAAGAACUGGGGAGUUAUAGGUGGAAUUGCUGCUGCUCUUGCAGCAGGAAUAUAUGUUAUUUGGGGUCCCAUUACAGAAAGAAAGAAGCGUAGAAAAGGGCUUGUGCCUGGCCUUGUUAAUUUAGGGAACACCUGCUUCAUGAACUCCCUGCUACAAGGCCUGUCUGCCUGUCCUGCUUUCAUCAGGUGGCUGGAAGAGUUCACCUCCCAGUACUCCAGGGAUCAGAAGGAGCCCCCCUCACACCAGUAUUUAUCCUUAACACUCUUGCACCUUCUGAAAGCCUUGUCCUGCCAAGAAGUUACUGAUGAUGAGGUCUUAGAUGCAAGCUGCUUGUUGGAUGUCUUAAGAAUGUACAGAUGGCAGAUCUCAUCAUUUGAAGAACAGGAUGCUCACGAAUUAUUCCAUGUCAUUACCUCGUCAUUGGAAGAUGAGCGAGACCGCCAGCCUCGGGUCACACAUUUGUUUGAUGUGCAUUCCCUGGAGCAGCAGUCAGAAAUAACUCCCAAACAAAUUACCUGCCGCACAAGAGGGUCACCUCACCCCACAUCCAAUCACUGGAAGUCUCAACAUCCUUUUCAUGGAAGACUCACUAGUAAUAUGGUCUGCAAACACUGUGAACACCAGAGUCCUGUUCGAUUUGAUACCUUUGAUAGCCUUUCACUAAGUAUUCCAGCCGCCACAUGGGGUCACCCAUUGACCCUGGACCACUGCCUUCACCACUUCAUCUCAUCAGAAUCAGUGCGGGAUGUUGUGUGUGACAACUGUACAAAGAUUGAAGCCAAGGGAACGUUGAACGGGGAAAAGGUGGAACACCAGAGGACCACUUUUGUUAAACAGUUAAAACUAGGGAAGCUCCCUCAGUGUCUCUGCAUCCACCUACAGCGGCUGAGCUGGUCCAGCCACGGCACGCCUCUGAAGCGGCAUGAGCACGUGCAGUUCAAUGAGUUCCUGAUGAUGGACAUUUACAAGUACCACCUCCUUGGACAUAAACCUAGUCAACGCAACCCUAAACUGAACAAGAACCCAGGGCCUACACUGGAGCUGCAGGAUGGGCCGGGAGCCCCCACACCAGUUCUGAAUCAGCCAGGGGCCCCCAAAACACAGAUUUUUAUGAAUGGCGCCUGCUCCCCAUCUUUAUUGCCAACGCUGUCAGCGCCGAUGCCCUUCCCUCUCCCAGUUGUUCCCGACUACAGCUCCUCCACAUACCUCUUCCGGCUGAUGGCAGUUGUCGUCCACCAUGGAGACAUGCACUCUGGACACUUUGUCACUUACCGACGGUCCCCACCUUCUGCCAGGAACCCUCUCUCAACCAGCAAUCAGUGGCUGUGGGUCUCCGAUGACACUGUCCGCAAGGCCAGCCUGCAGGAGGUCCUGUCCUCCAGCGCCUACCUGCUGUUCUACGAGCGCGUCCUUUCCAGGAUGCAGCACCAGAGCCAGGAGUGCAAGUCUGAAGAAUGACUGUGCCCUCCUGCAAGGCUAGAGCUGAUGGCACUGUCUGCACUGUCCAGGAAAAAAGUAAAACUGUACUGUUGCGUGUGCAAGCGGCCCCACUAGAGCCUUCCAGCCUUCCGGUGUGUUCUAAGAGCAGGCUCCACCUGGGAGCCAGCCCCAGUUCACACCAAACCAGGCUCCCUGAACAGUUCUGUUCAUGUGUGUAGAAGGUUCUGUUGUGUUAAGAAAGCAUUCAUUAUGUCCGGAGUGUCUUUUUACUCAUCUGAUACAGGUAAUUAAAAGAAUUCAGAUUCUUGAAGCCACCGUUUUCAUAUUGUAAUGUUAGGUGUUCUCAGAGGGGAGGUACCUUUGUCUAAUCAAUGUUUCCACUUAGAUCUUUUAUUUUUAAUAAGCAGGCCCAUAAAAAUUGUUGACAAGAAUUAAUGAAAUUAUUAAAGGCAACAAUUUAGAAGAAAAAGUGCCUUUCACUUUCGAUUGCUUUUGUAGCAUGUCCAUUGUGAAAUAUUCCUUCCAGGCUACUCAAAGGAUAGCAAGAGAACAGGUAAAAGAUGCCUAAAGAACACCUUCCUUUUUCUAUGCCUUUUCUAAUCUUUCAAUUCUUUCUAUGGAGUAAAGGCUCAUCUGCCAAAUCUGCCCCCUGGGGAAACUCUUUCACUACUUUGUCAGUUAUAAGUGAAAAGCUUACUUGUUGCUUUUAUCUUUUGUAUAUUGGACUGAGAUGUAAUUACACUGUAUUAUAAAACUCUGUGAAUAGCCAGAACUGAGCUGGAUCUUUGCAACACCCGAUUCCUCUGCUCUGUGGAAAACUUUUUCUUACUCAAGGAUCCACUGUGGAUGGUUACUUUCAUCUGUUUAUUUCUUGUCCAUGCAGAGCUCUUAAGGUUUACAGGUGGGAGCUUGGGGCUGUAUAAAAAAAUAAUCCCUGCCCUGAGUUGACACCUGGCUUAGGAAGGAAGGGCUGAGUAUGGGGCUGCAGUCUCUGUGAACCCGUUUCCUCAUUUGUGAAGUGAAGGGUUAGAUUUGAUGACCACCAAAGUUCAGCCCUUUUCACGAAAAGGAGAAAGCAGCUUUUGACUUUUUAAAAAACAUAUAACUACAGCUGGCAUCUAGUAUUGUCAUGUUGCUCUAGGUCCAUAUUCUGAAUUUAUUCAUUUCCAGUAGCCUAAUACAAAAAGUAUAUAUUGAGCACUUUCUUCCCUUUUCAGGUAAGUCUCUGAAUGCAGCCCAGAGCCAAAGGAAUUUUGAUGACACAGUAGUACCUAUGUUUUAAGCUAUAUUUUUAAUUUAGAAAAAUGGAUACCAAAUUCAAACCGACUCAUCAGAGGUAAGAUUAGGAAUCAGACCUUUCCAAAAGGUCAUCUGAGGUAAGGCUAAGACCGCACUUCCUCUGCUGGGGGUGAGCUGGCAGACACACCAAACAGUGCCUUGGCAGCAGCUCACGGUGGAGGAAGCCCAGGUGAUCACUCUUCUGCUGGGCCCAGGCUGCACCCUGAGGACUCAGUAACUCACUCUCAACAGAAUAUUCUGUGCAGGCUCUCCAGGCUCUGGGCGUCAGGGUGCAAGGGGCAGCUUGAACUGUACGGUCCGUCCUGCACUCACCCGAUGCAGACCUUGACUUUGAUGUUGAAAUGAACACACUUGUUUUACCCAAGUCUGGUGGAACAAAUGCCCAAUCAUGUGACCUUAAAGUGUACUGCAAAGCUGUAGCUUUAAGUAAUUGCUGUUCUGCCACUGCUUACUCUGAAAUCUACCAUCAAAGAAAGAUGGAGAAAAGGGGCUGAGCCUUGGAAUAUAUGGUUAUAAGCAGAUCUUUCUUUGGUCAGAGACCAGGGUUUGAGCCAAGGCUGUAAAUGUGAACAAUAGCUGUGCAAAGCCUUUUAACCUGACUUCAUUUUGUAAAUUAUUAUGCAUUAAGUAGCAGCCCAAUAAUCUGAUUUCUAGUUUUAAGUUAUUUUCAAAGUAAGUAGCUUCUUUUGGGGAAAACCUAAGUUAAACUAGUAGUUUUGCCAUAAUAACUGCUGAUUUAUGUAUUUGCUAAAGGUACUUUUGUAUCCGCUGUGUAUUAUAGCAAUAAAAUAAUCAUUUUGUUAGAAAAAAA